AUGGCUCACAACCAAGGAACGGCGGUGCCUGGAACGCACUACACGGCGGAGGAGCUGACGGGAACCACUCAGGCGGUGCGUUCGUAUGCGGCGUCGGCGCCCCAGGCCGAGAAGGAGAAGAAGUACGGCCAGCAGGAGUGGGGCCUGUUCGAGACCAACUACCAGCGCAACAAGGGCAUCACCACCGACGACUCCCUAAAGGAGAUCGAGUGCUGA